AUGUCUUCCGGUGGCAAAUCAGGUAUGUUGCUGAAUUCACUUCUUCCCUCCCUUCAUCGUCGUCGUCGUCAACUUGGGGCGCCGAUUACUGAUCCGUCCUCCCGUCUUCUCUGCUACUCAGGUGGAAAAGCCAAGGCUGGAGCCGACUCCAAGACCCAAUCGCGAUCGUCCAAGGCCGGUCUCCAGUUCCCCGUCGGUCGUAUCCAUCGAUUGUUGCGACGAGGCAACUACGCCCAACGCGUCGGUGCCGGUGCGCCCGUCUACCUCGCCGCCGUGCUCGAGUACCUGGCCGCCGAGAUUCUCGAAUUGGCCGGUAACGCCGCUCGUGAUAACAAGAAGUCGCGUAUCAUCCCCCGUCACUUGCAACUCGCGAUCCGCAAUGACGAGGAGUUGAACCGUCUUCUCGGCGCCGUCGUCAUCUCGCAAGGUGGUGUGCUGCCCAACAUUCACUCCGAACUCUUGCCGACGUGAGUACUUCCGCAUGACCUCUCUGUAUGAAUUUGGUUGCUGAUUAUGCUUUCUUUACGGGCUUGACAGUAAGAGCAAGAAGGGAGAGAAGAUUGGCGCCGAUGCUUGA